ACAGUCUUCCCCUAAGGAUGAACCAGAAGAGCUACACACACUUGCUCACUCAGGGUUGAGCUUGGACUAUCAAUUAUUUUUAACACUGAGAAAACACAUCAUGAUGUUUUUGGUGAUUACCAGUCUGCUGCAGGAGUUUCUUGCGGUUGCAGGUGUAGCCCUGGACCCAUGCUCUGCCUACAUCAGCCUGAAUGAACCCUGGAGGAACACAGACUACCACGUCAACCAGUCAUCCGGCGUGCCCCUGUGUGACAGCCACGUGUCAGGAGAAUGGUAUCGCUUCACUGGCAUGGCCGGGGAUGCCAUGCCCACCUUCUGCAUCUCUGAGAAUCACUGUGGCACCCAUGCUCCCAUCUGGCUCAAUGGCAGCCACCCUGAACCCCAAGAUGGCAUCAUCACUCUGCCUGUCUGUGCCAGCUUCAAUGACAACUGCUGCCACUGGAACGCCAGUGCUGAUGUGAAAGCCUGUAUUGGAGGGUACUUCGUCUAUCGCCUGCCCAGACCCUCAGUCUGCUUCCAUGUUUACUGUGGCCAUUUCUAUGAUAUCUGUGAUGAAGUGGACUGCGCAGGGCCCAAAUGUCUCGAGUCUGGCUGUCGCUGUGCACCUGGAACUGUUCUGGGACCAGACAGACAAACAUGCCUGGAUGUGAAUGAAUGUGAAAAAGGCAAUGGUGGCUGUGCAGAGGUGUGUGUGAACACCAAAGGCUCCAGGCGCUGUGAGUGUGGGCCGGGCCGUGUGCUGGAGGAGGAUGGCCACACCUGCAAAGAGACGGCAGGCUGUCACGUUAACAAUGGAGGCUGCAGCCAUGGCUGCUCCUCGCUACUGGAGUCCUAUCACUGCAACUGUCCCAGAGGGCUGGACCUGGGAGAGGAUAAACGCACAUGUCAAGUGCCAGUCCAGUGUGAUUCCAGCUCUAUUAUAGUGUCAGUUCCCAAGGACCUUGUCGGAGGAUUGGAGCUCUCCCUGUCCAACUCGUCUUGUCGCGGUGUCUCCAAUGGCACACACAUCAACCUCAGCUUUAGCCUGAAAACCUGCGGGACAGUGGUGGAGGUGACAGAUGACAAGAUUGUGGGAAGCAACCUGGUGACAGGCCUUCCUAGGAGCAGCCCAAGCAGCAGUAGGGACUUGAUAGUCCGCACUAGCAAGUUAGUGCUCCCAGUCACCUGUGAGUUCCCCAGGGAAUACAGCGUGUCAGACGGAUACCAGGCUAGUCUGCGCAGUUCAGCUCUCGAGCUGGCAGGCCACAGUGAGGGUGUCUUUCCCUUCUCCCUGGAGCUCUUCAAGAACGCGGAGUUCUCAGAGCCCUACCGCACUCCGCCCCAGCUCCAACUGCACGACUCCUUGUUCUUUGGGGUGGAGCCAAAGGAGAGAGUGGAGGGCCUCUCUGCGUUGGUGGAGACCUGCUUCGCCACACCAGGGCCCAAAGCUGACCAGGCCCUCAAGUAUUACCUCAUCAAAGAUGGGUGUAUCUUUGAUGAAACUGUGACACAGUACUCGUCAAAGGACCAACUCUCUAAGCACUACCAGGUCCCUGUCUUCAAGUUCAUUGGCAAGGACAACCAACAAGUGUUCCUCCACUGCCAGGUGUUAGUAUGUGGGGCAGGAGACUCCCGCUGUGCUCAGCAUUGUCGAGGACGUGUCCGCCGAGAGGUUCGGACCGGUGAACCUCAGGAGCAGCACACACUGAGCGGAGGCCCCAUCUACAUCCUGCCUGAGCCAUGACGCCAUCAUGAAGGCGUUUUCCACAAGCAGCCACAAUAAACGCCACAAGAACACGCCGGCAGCACAAGCCUGGAUUAUAAAUAAAUUACAUGUGCAGAGUAACAUUUAGAUUAAAGGAUGGACUGACCAUUUCAGUUUAUUUAGCAUUUAAAACACCAGACAGGCAUACACAGGGCAGUCCAUUGUGCUGUCCCUCAUAUACAUAUAUACAUGCAGAUAUACAGUAUAUACACUCUUCUUUAUUCCUAUUAGUUCCAGUGUCAGUCACACUGCUGUAGAUCACUUAAAUUCUGGUUAAUACAUCCAAGUUUUAUGUGGCUUUGCCACUUUGCCUGGCAGCACAAUUUAUUGACAUUAAAGUGAAUGACAUUUCUAUUAGAAAUCACUCGGAGGGGCCACAGUUCAUUUGUAACAACUACAGCAUGAAGGAUCUUUUUCUAGGUCACACUUUCAGGCAUUUCUCAGGCUUGAUCACAGCUUAAAGAUUUUGUGGAUUUAUAAAAGUGGUUUAUAUUUCAAAGCAUCACUGACUUAAAAAAAAUGAUAUGCAGAACAUCCAUAUAUGUAUUCUGACUCAUUUGCUCGGUGUGAUCGAUGGCUGAUGGACGAGCACACCACACAUUCCAGUGUGGUGGAAAAGAGAUGUCACUUGGCCAUGCCCGGAAAAUAUGCAUGCGCUUCAUCACUCUGACAAUUAAUCUAGAAUUAAUCAUGUCAGUUAAACUGCAAUUAGUCAGGCAUUUAUUCAUAAGAAAUAACUUACAUCAGACAUUAACAUAGUAGCUGUAAUAGGCAUUACAUUGACACGACAUUGGUUUGAGCAGACUAUUGUGAUAAAUAGCAGCAAACAACGAACCAUGUGAGCCAUAGUAAUUAUCUUGUCUUUCUAUCUAGAGGAAAUUAAUCCAACUACAACAUCCGUCCCAUCGGGCUCUUUGUGUGGAGUCAUCAAAGUAAUUUAUGGUAAUGGAGUUAUAGAGGCCUAAAAAUGGCCUAAAAUGAAAUGGAGUAUGGAGAGUAUAACAUGCAUAAGCAAUUAAAUAAGAUUCUGAAAGUCAUAUUCAGAUACCUAAUAUCUGUACUGCCUAUGAAUAAAGCCUGAGAAACUA